AUGACUACAUCCAAGGAGCCCACAUCCUCUCGCUCAAAGCCAUCGAGAAAGCCUCGGUUCUCUAUAGCCUGGAGCCCCCGUCACCGCCGCUGGGUGAAGCGUCUGAUAGCAGCUCCACCCUCAAAGUCAACGUCUGAGCUGGCCUCGCUCUUCAGCUCACUUACAAUCGACCCGGCACAUCUACCGCCCCCCGCGCCACCCGCCAAUGAUGGUAUCGAUGCUCUCGCAUCUGGCUUUCUGGCCUACUUUGCUAGCGAACAAGUAAACACUACACCAGUCACAACUACGCCCACUACAACUACAACGCCCGCUGCAACGUCCACUGUGUCUGCCAAUCUUGACAGCUUGGCGGCUGAUCUUUCCAGCCUCACCAUCCAUCCCUAG